CUCCUCCCUCUUCACGCACCGCGACGCUGAGACCACGCCCCUUGCCGACUUCACACUGCGCGGCCCCGGCUCAGGCUCAGGAGGAGGAGAGGGCAGGGGACUCACCCCCAGCCCGACACCGCAGCAGGGGACGCAGCGGCUGCCCGCGCUGCCGUCUUUCCACUUCGUCUGCCUUCUUCACACUUCUUCGCUAUGGCCCUGCGACGCUCGCAUCGCUUGAAGGCGGUGCCGCCGCCGCCGCCGCCGCCGCCGGCCAGCCCGUAACGUCGCAAUGGACAGGAAGGGCCACGCGUUGGCCGUCACGGCCUUCCCACUGGACGCCGAGGGGAACCUGAUGGAGGACGCCCCCAGGCCGCCGGUGCCCGGUAAGGAAGACCGCCCCCGCACCGGCUGCCGCAUCGCCGCCUUCAAACCCCCGGCGGGCAACGGGGCGGCCGCGGCCGCGGUCGAGCGCGCCGCCGCCGCCGCCGCCGCCGCCGCCGCCGGCGGCAAGUGGUGCACGCCGCGGCGGCACGACUACGACCUGGGCUUCGAGCCUGAGGGCAGCGCCUGCGCCGCGGCGCCGUACGCCCGCUGCGGCGAGACGCUGCCGGCGCUGCUGAACGACCCGGACGGCGCGCACCUCCUGCGCGCGUUCCUGCGCGGGCGCGGCCUCGUCGACCUGGUCGACUUCUGGUUCGCGUGCAAGGGCCUGCGCAAGCAGCCGCACGCCCGCGCCGCCCGCGCCGCCCGCGCCAUUUACAAGCGCUACGUGGCGGACGUGGGCGGCGUGGUGGCGUCCCGCCUCAAGCCGUCGACGCGCUCCGCCGUGCGGGAGGCCGUGCUGGCGCAAGCGGUGGGCGGCGGCGGCGGCGCCGGCGCCGGCGAUUGCGGAGUAGGUGGCGGGGAGGGAGCGUUCGACCGGGCGCAGGGCGAGGUGCAGCGCUGCCUGGAGGAGGCGGCGUACCCGGCGUUCCUGCGCUCGGACGCGUACCUGCGCCACGUGCUUGCGGAGAGCGCCAGCGGCAAGGAUCACGGGAAGGUGGUGGUGCUGGUUCGGCUGCCAAACGAUGCUGCCGAGGAGGAGGAGCAGCAGCAGGAGGAGGAGGAGGAGGAGGCAGCGCCGGUUCGGACAGAGUGGACGGAACGCGGUUUUGGUGGGCUGGUGCAGUCGGAGCCACUGUCCGAGGCGACGUCGUGCCGGUACGACCCGGCAAACAGCGUCAACGACAGCGAGUACGCCGCGUCGAGCGGCGGCACCGCCACGGACGACGGCGCCUCCGUGGCCGAUAGCGCCAGCGUCCGGUACGGAGCGCCGGACUUUAGCCACAGGGCACCGCCACACGCCGAGAGGACGCGCCCGGCUUCUGGCGGUGCCGGGGAGCCGCUCCACCCGCCGUGGGCGGUGCGAGUGCCGCGGGUGGCCAGGCGCUCGGAGCCGGCAGUGUUUGCGGCAGAGCUGAUCCGGCGCCUGAACUCGGUGCAGAUGGAGCGGCACUGUCAGCACCAGCCGCUGCUGUACAGCCAGCAGCAGCAGCAGCAGCAGCAGCAUCAGGAGGAGGAGGAGCGGCAAGAGGAGGAGGAGGAAGAGGAGGAGACGGUGACGAUGGCGACACUGGGACUGCCGGGCGCGUCCGUGCUGCCGGCACUGCACCCGUUUGCGCUGCUCUUGCGUGCCGGCGCCGAUGCCGACGACGACCCCGAGCGAAUCCUGGACCAGCACGUGUCGCGAGUCCUGCGCACCCCCGUGGUGUGCCGCUCGCCCACCAGCCGCCCCCACCAGCACGGCCACCAGCACGGCCACCAGCACGGCCACCAGCACCACCACCACGCGGCCGGCGGCCAGCAAGCCGCAGCGGUGGGCGGACGGGCGCUACCGCUGGACAGGAGCCAGCACGGGGCGACGGCCGCCCCCUUCAGGAAGGCCAUCCCGGCGGAGGAGGUGGACAGGGCGAGGCAGAUCUGGAAGUGGCUGGUGGAGGGAGAGAGGGAUGGGCUCGGGCACGUGCACAGCGAGCUGGUGGUGGAACGGCCCUGGGGCCCCCCUCCCAGGCGCCGGGUGGUGCAGCCCAACCACCCGUUCCUGCAGGACCCGUCCAUGCCACCCCCGCCCCCCCCCAACACCACCGUGCAGCUGGAGGAGGCCAAGCGGCGUCUGGAGGAGGAGCAGCUGGUGCCCUUGAGCCGGAGCGCCCAGCCCGGCAAGCACAAGUACGUCCAGGAGGUGAUUGAGAGGGGCCGCAGUCUGGCCAGGGGCGUCGCCGCGCCCAUCGCGAGCGCCGUUUCCACCGUCCCGGACGCACACGCUGCGGAGUACGGUCGGAGAACGGGACGGCGCCUGGGAGCUCGUGGCCCCGGCGGGGAGGAGGAGGAGGAGGAGGGGGAGGGUGGGCCAGCGGGGGGCGGCGUGGUGGUGGCGUACUACUUCUGCGGGGAGCCCAUCCCGUACCGUUCCAGGGUGAGGGGGGAUUCCCUCACCCUCGCCCACUUCAAGGAGCUGCUCACCAAGAAGGGCAACUACAGGUUCUACUUCAAGAAGGCGAGUGAGGAGUUUGAGUGCGGGGUCGUGUUCGAGGAGGUGCGCGACGACAAGGCCCUGCUGCCCCUCUACCAGGGCAAGGUCGUGGGCAAGGUGGAGAAGGUGGAGGGAGGAAGUCCCCCCCUCAGGUCCUGAGGUCGCCCGCCCCGAGGUCGAGCGGCCUCCUGCAGGGGAGCCCCUCGCCCCCGCGGGCGUGGAGCGUGGUGGGAGGGCCGAGCGUGGGCGGCCCGAGGGCACCGGUCGUCGUGCCGGGGAUGCGCGAGGGUCGAGCGGGCCUCGGCGUCCACCUCCGAUGAGCCGCGGCUGGCCACGUGCGGUGCGAAAGGAGUCCGACGUAUGGACGUGCGUACGCCGGAACGUUCGGCUGGAGACGGAAGAGGAGGCUCGCGCGAGCGACGUCACGUCGCGUCACGAACGCGCCAUGCGCGCUGGGGAGAGGAGCUCCGCUUUGGUGAAGGAUGCCGUGGCGUGACGUACAAUGCCACUUGGUGUGUGUGGGGGGCGGGGCGGGGCGUGGUGCUGGUCACCCACCCCCUCGUGUGCCGCGCUGGCUUUCGUAGGUGCUGCUACUCGCUCAAAGCACUUGCCCCGACGGUCUGUUGAGGCUAUACGGGGGGGAUCUUUGUCUUUGUGUGGGGGGCACGGGUGUGGAUAGGGUCACAGAGAACUAUGGGUAGAAGAUGCACGCAGCUUUGGGAUUGUGGUGUGGUGCUGUAUACAAGAUAACGGCGAUGUGGCACGGUGUGAUGCGGUGUGGUGGUGUAAGAUACACUGGGGGUGUGACGGGUGUUUAUAUUGUUUUGAGAACAGGGAUACGGUAGAGCAAAUGGGCCAGACUAAAAUUUGUUAACAUUUGGUUUAAAAUACCUUGGAUUUUUCUCGCUUGUCAACAUUUACAUCGGCGCCACGGUGGCAACACGUUAUUUACUUUGCCCGGUAUACAAGAGGUCGUGGGUUUGAUCCCGACCCUGAUGGCUGCUGCAUAUGUUGGAGUCUGCAUGUCUCUCUCUCCCCAUGGUCACAGGUGUGAGCCACCAGCCUCCUGUGACCAGGCUGAGACCCAUCGACUCGUCGCACGGACGUUAACCCCCCCCCCCCACCCUUGGCUAACAAACUAAGUGGAGGCAUAGCAGUGCAUUUGACUUACCACUCGCAAAGCCGUUUAGCCGCUCCUCGCACCUCACAUUAAUGCACACACUCCCUGGCAACGUGCGUAAGGGUCACAUGUAGAUAUUGCACGUGGGUCAUGUAAGUAUUUGCUAUCUUUUUUUAAUUUAUUAUGGUAUGCAUUUGUAAUAUGUAAAUAUAUUUUAAAGAGAGAACCCCCACCUCCUUUGAUUAGUGACGGUCCCUGGGGCUAAUCUGCGUGCGUGCGGGCGGGCGUGGGGGGAGGGGUAACGAUGACGACAGAAAUGGGGGGGGCGCGCGCGGGUGUCGGUCAUGUGACUGCAACCGCGAGGGCGCGACGGGCACGGGUUUACUUUGUCUCAACACGGUGAGAGAGUCGACGCCGAGAUCGAGUCCUCGCGGUUACUCGAGCUCGCGGGAUAAGUUCGGUGGAGGGGGGGGUGGAGGGGGGGGCGUCCAAACGAAAAAAUUAACGAGAGCAGCCAUCCUUUUCGAAUGCGGUAAAGAAACUCGAUGAUUAUUCAAGAGCCGCAGUCGGUGCACGCGGCGAAGGCGAGACGGCGGUUCCUUAAUAAAUCGCUUUCACUGAGCAGUCCCUUGAAGAGCCGCAGGCUUGCCAACCCCUGGGCGCCAAGGUGGCUAUGAGAUGUUAACGACCUCGCCUGGUGUGCAGGAGGUCAUGGGUUCGAUCUCGACCCUGACGCCUGCUGCUGUAUGUUUGGAGUUUGCGUGUCUCUCUCUCUCCCCGUGGUCAC